AUGUCUUCUCACUGUGCAGAAACAUCCCCCAACAACAAUUCUGUUCCAGAAAGCCAAAGUAAUACAACCAGAUCUGAUGCACAAGCUCAAAAUUCAAAUAUUUUUAUCGAAAAUAGAGUUAUUGAAUCUGCAGAGUUUAUCUCUCAAAAUUCAAAGCAUGUUAAGCUCGGAACAGAUGAUGAAUAUAAGAAAGCGGCCGUGAUUGUUGAAGAUCUUGCCAAGAAAUGGCGUGCAGAAUCAUGGUCAGAUUUUCCAUUACAUCCUUCCGAACUAUCAGAUCCAGAAAAGAAGGCCGCUUACGUUUUCCUUAUAGAUACAAUGAACUAUGCAUUCUGGACUGAAACAGGACACAAGCCAUACACAGUAAGUUACAAUGGGAAGCCAUAUACCGGCUAUUGGUCACUUUGCGCAGCAAUUAAGAAUGCAGUGCUCAAGGAUGAAAAGAUCUUAGAUGCUGAAUUCUGGGCUAAAGCAACAGUUGAAGAUUGGGGCAAAAUUUUUACUUCAGAAACCGAAACACCGUGCCCAUUUUUAGAAUGGAGACAAAAGACCAUCUCAGAAGCAGGCAGAUAUCUUAUUAAUAACUUCGAAGGCAGCACAUACAAAAUGAUAAAAUCCUGCAACAAAUCUGCUGUUGCAUUAGCAGAAUUAGUUCGUGCAAACCUUGACUCAUACAAAGACCAAUACGAAUACCAUGGUAGAACAGUCUACUUCCUGAAGAGAGCCCAAAUUUUUGCUGCAGAUCUCUAUUUUGCCUUUGCUGCUGACAAUAACUAUGUUGCAGAGGCUUGCUCGUUUACAGAUAUCAACAAACUAACAAUGUUUGCUGACUACAGAGUUCCACAAGCUUUGAAUUACCUUAAUUUGAUUCAUUACGAUGACUACCUUAUGAAUGAGCUCAAAGAAAGACCACACUUCCCACCAGGAUCAGAAUUAGAGUGCGAAAUUCGUGGAUGUUCUAUAGCAGCUGUUGAAAAAUUAAAGAAAUUUAUUUCUUAUCCAAAAAUUACAUCAGUUCUUAUUGAUUUUGUCCUUUGGCCGUAUGCAAAGGAGAAUACCGAACUAAUGGCUCAUAUCCCAAUUCAUCAAACAAGAAGUGUUUUCUAUUAA